AUGACAACUUACACAAUGCAAGCCGGGACGCCGCCGGCGCAGUGCCGCUCCCGCCAGCCAUACACCAAGUCACCCACGAUGGGGAGAAAGGCAUUAAUAGCAGUGUUGUGCUGGAUAGCGAUAAAUGGAACCUCAGCGAAAGCCGUGCAAACAUCAAACAGUGUUGGACUUAUAGACAAUGUGAGUGCAGAAAGUGCUCCCGCGCUGUACCGCAACGUUCCCGUCAGUGUGUACUCGUACGCCAGUGCUGCCCCGUACGCGGCCUACUCCUUCCACGUUCCACAGUUUGUUGCGCCGAAUUUCAACCAUCUUCCAUUGAAUCCAGACAGAAUACUGGCGCAGAGUACGAACAAUUACUUGAAGGACUCUUACGGGCAAAGGUUCGUGGACGCGCCUCAGCCAUACGCCUACAAGGCUGCAUUACCUCAACAAUUUGUGCCACUGCAGAAGUUACCGGCCCACCUUAGCCAGCCAUUAGUAGCUGCUGCCCCGAACGCUCAAUAUGGUCAAGCGACUCACUUCUUUGGAGCUCCAUUUAGGUUAGCCAACCUCCAGGCGUUUUCACCCCAGAAUGAAAAUCCGUUUGGCGCUGUACAACCCUUAGUAUACGCUCAAAACGUAAGGACUCUCGCGUCACCCGCAACCAAACAAGCUAACGGACAACCCGUCGCUCAGCAGCAAUCCACCAGAAACAAUAACGUAUACGCCAACGCUCAAUACAGUCAGUUUUGGAACCAACCGAAAGCCCAAACAAAACAAGAGGACCCAAAAAUUUCCGCCAGUGACCACAAAGAAAACCAACAAAUUGUUCAAAGCUUACCAUUAGUGCAUGCACCUAAACAAACUACCAUUACUUCUUUUAAUAAUGGCAAGAAAACAGUCGUUAAUUUGAUUACCAAACCGCCUGUGCCUCUCCUCGAUUUGACUCUGUUAGAGCCAUUGACUUUUGAUAAUCCUCUAGUGCCACAAGUACAACAUUUUUUGCCAAAAAUUCAUUCAGUCACAUAUAAAAAAUUACAUGAAUUAGAUCAACAAGAUCAUCCAAAGAUAAUUACUAUAAAAAGGAAGACAACAAAAAAGACCAAAAAACAAAAGAAACCAAAGAUCAUUAAAGAUGAGGUAGAAGUUAAUCAUACACCCAGUGUAAGUAAUGAUCACGAUACUGAACUGUCUUAUGAGGUGAACUCUCCUACUUAUAAAGAGACUGUCUCAGAAAAAAAGAUUAGUUAUAAUAAGGAAACCACAUCAAAACCAGUCGUUAUAAGUUAUGAGAAGAAAACUGAAAUGAAACCUGUUACUUACUCAUAUGGAAAAAAUGUUCAAAAGGAGCCAGUGCAUUAUAAUUACGUGCAUAACUCUAACGAGCCCGCGAAACAGGCAUAUCUUGAUGAUAAUAAAGAAAAAACAAAGCAUCUAAUAUACCAUUUUUCGCCUGAGGAGCAAAGCGAGGAACAAAACGAGCAAAGCCAUAAUUCUGCACCACACUUGGAAUCAGUGGAAAUUUUUGAAGAAAAUCCGAAUGAAAGUGACUCGGAAGAAGUAUCUCCGCAACAACAUCUACAACACCACGAACCCCAAAACAAACAUCACCAGCAUCAACAACACGAACAUCGACCGCAACAACAACUCCAUCAACAUGAAACUCACAAGAGCCAGCCACACAAUCUACAAGUUCAAAAACAUAACGAAGUCCCCCAGCCAUUCCAACAUCAACAACACCAAACAUACAAACCACGACAGUAUCAACAGUAUGAACCCCGACAGUACCACCAAUAUGAACCACAUCCACAUCACCACCAACAACAGGAGCAUCCCCAUCAACAACAUCAAAAAUACGAACCACAACAACACCAAAAAUCCGAAGCGCAACAUCAUCAACAACACAAAAACCAUGAACCACGCCAUCACCAACAACACCAAAACCAUGAACCACAACACCAAAACCAUGAACCACAACAACAGAAACAACAUGCACCACAACAACAAAUACACGAUAACGCGCAGCACGAGCUAGCAGAAGAAGCAUAUAACGAACCCAACCAAAACUUCAGAGAAGAACCAGAACCUGAAGACAGAGAGGUUGCUUACUAUCAAAACUCCAAGGAAAAUAUUCAGCCUGAACACAGAGAGGAAGUUUAUUAUCCGAAUUCUAAAAACGCUCAUGUAGAGUCACGUGAAGAAUCUCCAGAACCUGUUGUAUAUAAGUCCUCUCCUCAGCAGGAGCAAAAACAAUAUGAAGCUAUAGUUCCCGAGUAUGAAGAAGAUAUUACGAUACUACCAGCGCCCAAGCCGCAUGCUCCCAUCCGCGCUGAAGAAAAUGGUAAUCGAGGUUCGAAUAGUAAGCACAACUCACAUCCAGAAUCACACAGUGAACAAGUACAUUAUGAUUAUCCUAAAUCAUAUUAUUCUUCACCACCCGCGCCCCAAGCAAAAUCAAAUCGAAUAACCAUCAAGGAUGACUCCCCACAACAGAAAGAAGAAGUGUACAAGCCAAAUGACGAGCUAAUAGAAGCUAUGGUAAAAAAACAAGAGGAAAGCGAGGAAGAUUUUGAGCAGGCAUAUAAAGACGCAGCUUAUGGGUUCCAAGCGUACGAAGCACCCGUUAGAAAUACUGACAGAGAAAAAGAGAUUUAUAACCCAGCAAACUAUGGUGUCCCUCGAUACCAUAAUGAUUUUGAUGAAGAAAAAAGUGCAUUAAGGCAAUAUGAGCCCGAAGGUGACGAAUACCCAGCACAAAUGCGCUCCAACUACAAAGACUCCAGGGACAAAACGAACGAAGAUUACUAUACAGAUUAUUCAGUGAGCAGACCCCAGAGCCUUAUUGAAAGGAAAAAGCAAAAAGAGGAGUACUAUGACAAUUAUAACGAACACAAACCGCAGAACUACUACGCCAAAGAUGAUUCAGAUAAACAGCAAAGCGCGAAAUACAUCGCGGGACCCGCUUACAGCUAUCCUGGAGCGCCGCAACAAAAGUUUGCGAAAUUCACGAGUAGAAUUACACCAUUAGAUGAAUACAAUUACGUCAAGGAAGCACCGAUUGACAAUUCCGCAUUUGGAACGGGAAUAUAUGCGAGUAAAAUGCAAUUUCUGGAACCACAUUAUCAAUAUGGGUUCGAGCCCAUACGAGUAUCUCGACUAUUAGAUCGUGAGCUCGCCGCGAUGGCUAGCGACCAUAGUCCCGAAACCGUAAAAAAAAUGUAUAAAGAAAACUUUUAUAUUGAAAAGUCCAGUACCUCAAAAGGCGAAAAAUUAACGAGCUGAUAGAGUAUUUAAUUUAUUUAUUGUUUUACGUUAAGUUAACCAUAUUUAUAAGGGUUGUACGUUGUUGUCUCGUGUGAAUUGCUCAUAAAAAUAU